UCCAGUGUGAGAGAAGUCUGGUUGGGAGGGGCAUAGCAGGGGAGGCCUCUUCUGUUCCAUUGAUAACAUGUUCAUUCAUAGGGAACAGGCUAAAACAGACUACGCAGUCAUUCCCUCUACUCUAAGGCUCUGCCACCUCUCCCAAAACUCGAUCCGGGGAUGCUCCUCGCCUCGCCUCGCCUCCACUGAAGUACUCAGGGGUCCCAGAAGAGUACAGUGCGGACACCGUGGGCCAUGAGUCCUUCGAAACUACAACCGUCUCUCUCGCUGCUGCUGCUUCUGCUGCUGGGCGGUUGCCUCCACGCUGCAGCCCGGAGGGACAAGGGGGCAGCUGGCAGCGUGGUGAAAACGUCCUCUGGCUCUAUGGGUGGCUCUUCGGGUCGUUUCAUGAGCCCGGAGCAGCACGUGUGCAGCUGGCAGCUCCUGCUGCCUACCCCAGGGGCCACUGCCGGCAGCGAAUUGGCGCUGCACUGCCAGGGCCCGGACGGGGUGCGCCACCAGUGUGCCUACCGAGGAGAGCCAGAGCGCUGCGCAGCCUACCGGGCUCGCCGCUCCCACUACUGGAAGCAGGUGCUGGGCGGGCUACGCAAGAAACGGCGGCCCUGCCACGACCCUGCGCCGCUCCAGCCCCGCUUAUGCGCUGGCAAGAAGGGCCACGGCGCCGAGCUGCGCCUGGUGCCCGGCGCGUACCUCCCCGCCCGCCCCACCGCCGCGGGCUUCCCCCGGGAACCCAGGCUAAGGGUCAGGAGCCGGGGGCUGCCCCGGCAGCCUGCGCCAGACCGUGCGGCGGCGGCUCCACCUCCCCCGAACUCGCUGUCCAAGGAAAAGCCCUCCGAGAGGAAGAUCAGAGCAGGCAAGAGGAAGGGGACCUCGGGCUCCUUGGAGGAGCGACCCAAGGGGACCGGGACCGGCUCCGAAGGGCUGGAGGAGAACGCACAGCUCACGGAGACCUAUUGCGCUGAGAAGUGGCACUCCCUCUGCAACUUCUUUGUGAAUUUCUGGAACGGCUGAGGCUACGGGUCUGGGGAGGGACGUGGGGACAGGUGUGAGGGAAGAGCAUGUCAGCGCGAUUAGGGCAGGGAAGCGAAGAGCAUCUUAGACCAAGGGGUACCAGGAUAGAGUGUGAAGGAGUUCGGAUUCUGCAAUGGGGCAGGGGAGGGCUGGGAGCUUGGGGUGAGAGUGUAGGGGGGCUAUGGAGAAUCUCUGAAGAAGCAGAAAGGUUUUUUGUUGUUGUUUUGUUUUUGCUUUUGAAAAAUUAAACAAUUUUGAAGUGUCUCGAUUUUGUUUAAAAGCAGAAGAAAUAGUGGAAACAGAAAUAGGUGUACAUUUAAAUAUGCAAAAACUGUAGGCUGGGGAGAGGUACAGAGAUAGGCUGGGAAUAAGAGGCAGAUUAGUGAUUAAAGUGAUGAGACUUCCUCACGAGAAGCAGGGUACAAUGUACCUUAACAAUUUAUGAAAAAAUGUAACCAUGACCAAUAGAUAAUGUACACCAGGCAGAAUUGUUCAUUAUCUUCUUAUCUAAUAGCUGACGAGAUGACAGAAUUUUUUUCCUUUUCUGAAUUGUUACGACCUUUGGUGUAGCUUAGCAUCACAGACCAUUUCUAUGGAGACAGGUCAAAACUGUCUCCACGAAAAGAUUUUCAGGAUGAUUAUCUUUUAAACUGAUUUCCUUUUAAACUAAUGUUCUGAAACUUUCCCAUUAACCUUCAAAAUUCAGAAAUGUAGAAGUUGAAGGCUCUAGAAGGUCUUUUUAAAGAAAACAAAUAAAUCUCUUUAUUUUGAUCAUCCUUUUGAAAACAGUUAAAGUGUGAAGAUCUCAUUUUGACUAUUCUCUCUUUCAUGUAAUUAACUGCUAAUGUAUUUCAGUUUUAAUGUGAUAUAAUGAUUGACUUUGCACUUUUUAGGUGCACAAUAAAAACUGUCUGAUUAGAUUUAAAGAACCA